AUGUAAGGCUCCAACAUGCCUAAAUGCACUUAUCUCCAAAUCCCUCCACUCUCGCCGCAGCUUUUCAUCAUCACCGCCCUCCUUUUUUAGGACGAAACCGAUCCAUCGUCUGAUCUGUCGAUGACUCUGCCACCAGUCUGUGAUAUACAGCAGACAUGAAGGGGGGAGAGGAGAGAGGGGGAGUGGACGAGAGAUGAGAGGCACACAUCUGUUCAGAGAGAGGGAGAAAGAAGGAGUGAAGGACAGAGUGGGCGAGCAAAAGCGAAAAAGAGACAGAAGUUCCGGAGGCGAGGCAGAGAUUCUGUGCUGCUGCUGAUCCAACAAAGAUGAAAGCUGUAAAAUCACCACCCGGCUGAGGAGGAACAGAAGGUUUCUGAUACAAACUCAGGCGGUGGCUCAUACUGUUGGAUGGUUCCUAGCAGAUGCCUUGCAAGUUCUCAGAAUGAAGGUGGUGCUGUGGACCGUGGUGGUGCUCAGCCUGUGCAGACUGGAAGGGGUGGAGUCUGCACCCAAAGACCCUCCCACCACCCCAGUGACCUCUAAAGCCCCUCCAUCUGCAACAACCACAGAAGACGAGAGUGCAAGACUGGUGGACUGGCUCACAAAGUAUGGUUACCUGCCCCCACCGGAUCCCUCUACUGGUCAGCUUCAGGCCUGGUCAGCUGUGACUGAAGCUGUAAAGGCAAUGCAGAAGUUUGCCGGUUUGGACGAAACUGGAGUUUUAGAUGAGGAGACACUUAGACUGAUGCAAACUCCACGCUGUUCUCUUCCAGAUGAGGAAGGUAGUCACAUCAGUCCCCUCUCAGCUGUAGACACUAAGACUCAUGCUCAAAGGAUGAAAAGGGCACUAUCAGCCUGGACUCGACGAAACAUCAACUGGAGGUUACACUCAUACCCCACUUCCUCCUCUCUGUCGCGUGAGAUGGUUCGCUCGUUGGUCUUCUACGCUCUCAGAGUGUGGGCAGAGCCAACGCCUCUUGAGUUUCAUGAGGUUGGAGGACCCGAGGGGGCAGAUCUCCAAAUUGAUUUCUUGCAUGGUUUCCAUGGUGAUGGAUACCCCUUUGAUGGAGUGGGUGGAGCUGUUGGACACGCCUUCUUCCCCUCUGACCCUGACAGGGCAGGUGGAGUUCACCUGGACGCAGAGGAGGAGUGGGCAUUCAGACAGCCAGCAGCCUCUGAAGGCACAGAUUUGUUCACGGUGUUGGUGCAUGAGCUUGGCCACGCCCUCGGACUCUCCCACUCAUCUACACGGCGCUCUGUGAUGCGUCCAUAUUACCAGGGGCCCCUGGGGGACCCACUCCAUUUCAGCCUGGGGCCUCCAGACCGAGAACACAUCAUUGCACUCUAUGGUAAGAGAAGUGAGGUUCUCCAGACAGACAGUCCUCCUUUAGAGAAAGAAGCUCACCUGAAACAUCAUCAUGGAGGCACGCCGAGACUCACACACAUGCACAGACACACACACAGCUACUUGGACAGUCAGUCUUUGGAUCGUUGCAACACCAGCUUUGAUGCAGUUGCUAAAAUUCGAGGAGAGACUUUUUUCUUCAAAGGUAUGAGUAUGUGGAGAGUGAAUAGAGGGGGUCUAGUCUCAGGCAGAGCUGUGUCUGUACGUAGACUUUGGGGGGCUCUUCCCUCCUCUAUGCCCCCACUGCAUGCCGUCCUGGAGAGGCAUGAGGAUCACGGCAUCAUCUUCAUUAGCGGCUCUCAGUUCUGGCUGUUUAAGGACCUCUCUCUCCAGGAUGGUUUCCCUCAGCCUCUGUCUGCUCUGGCUCCUGAGGGAUCAGAUGGGAUGUGGCAGGGCUUGCACUGGGACUCUGAGAAGGGAGUGGUCUGGGGGUCUCAGAGGCAAGGACUGGAAGAAGAAAGUGAGGUUUGGACAGAGCUCAUCGAAGGAGGAGUGAAUGGAAUUAUCAUGGAGAACGACGGUUCCAUCUACCUGUUCAAGGACUAUUCCUAUUGGAAGUUUUCCCACCCAGGCUCCGCCCUCGAGGAGGGAUACCCUCGGCCACUGGCCACAGAUUGGCUGGACUGCCCUCUUCUGUCCCCGUAUCACCCCAGUGAUAUCUCUCUGACCUCUGCUAGUGGUCAGCAGGAGCAACAAGUGAGGAAAUCACAAGGGACAGUAGACCAGAUCAGACACAAAGAAAGAGACCCCAAGUCUCACUGGGACUGCCCCUGCCUCAACAGAGCAGCUCAGGCCAACAAGGAACCCCAUUUACUGCUGCUCACUCUACUCUUACCCACUCUAACUUACCAAGGGUCCUUGUUGCUUUUUAACUCAUGGUCAAACCCUCUACAGCUCUAGAUAUUUUCACCUCUGACAAAUGCAGUCACCAAAAAAAAAACAUCAUCUACCUGUUUAUUUAUUUUGAAAUACUAACCGACUGAAACAAGAAUCCAAAAUGAAAAGAGAUUGUUUGGCAUAAAAUAACAUUUAAACAGGUCUUCUUACCUGAAAUGUAGUUGUACAGCCCAGACAAAUUAAAGCAUUCACUCCCUUAUUUUUUCACUGGAGCUAAGAAUGCUAAGAAUUAAGGAACACUUUAACCCCACAAAUUAGCACUGAGCAUACUGCAAGCCUAAGUCAUCACAUACUUGCCUCGCAAGAUGUUGUUAGGUCAUGUAAUAUUAUUUGUACAUAAACCAUUUAGAAAUUAGUACAAUGCAAAAGUACUGUCUGUCCAUUUUGUGUUGUGAGACGUUCAAGAACCCAAAUUGUGACAAAUGGAGGGUUGUUUUUCAUCAUUGUCAUCAAAGAAGGGAAAACAUGAAGAAGCAAAACAAAAUCAGUACAGUUGAUGGCAGUAAACCUGACACCCACGCAGAGGUUCUACUACACGUUUGGAAAGGGAGGGGUGAUGGAGGAGUAUUCAGUUGAUUGCGGUCUACAAUCUCGCCACUAGAUGCCACUAAAUCUUAAAUCAUGUACCCUGCUCUAUUAAGCAGUUGUAAAUAGUCUUAUCUAAAGACUGGAAUGAAAAUGAAACUGAAUGGAAAUGAAAAUGGGCUUCUUGUCUCAAUAAAUUACACUGUAUGCUACAUAAUAUUUCAAAUACAUUGAAAAUACAGUUCAAAUACAAAUACAUUCAAAUAUAGUGUACAUUAAACCCAUAUAAAACACCCCCACAACCUGAUCCAGGAAUAAGGCUGAUUGAUCUUGUGUAUAUUUAGAGUGUUCUUUGACCACACACAAUGCUCCACACACCACAGUAACAUAGUGAACAAUCAUUAAUUAUUGAUGAGAGUUAAUGAUUUAUACUUUGUCAUCAUUUAAAUCACUUUCAUAAAGAGUGCAGUGCAUGAAUUUUACUCAUUAAAAAUGUAAAUUAUAGUAACACUUGAAUUACUUAAGUAUCAAAAGGAUUGAGGCAUCCUAAUGACAUUCAUUCAAGCGUCAAUCAUGUCCCCUUUAUAAACUCACCGGAUAAAUACAGUCAAGUCAAAGUUAUGAUAUUCCUCUUGAACUUAAAGUGGAGUAAAAGUUAAAAGGCUUAAACAGAAAAGUCCAAAGAGAUCAGAUUUCAGACUGCAAGACUUUUUUCUUGAUAUUAUGACUGAUUAUGUCAAAAUAAUGGUUUGUGUUCUCAAAAUGAUGAGAUUAUGUCUAAAAUAUUGAUUUAUAUUCUUGAGAUCCUGACUGAUUUUGUCAAAAAUAAUG